AUGGUGUACUCAGAACCGCUACCGAUGGAACUAUCGGCCUACAGAUUGCGUUUUCAUGCCUCCCUACCAACUCCUCCGCCCGAGGUUAUCACACCGACAACGGAGCUGCCGACUCCUCCUCCCGAAGUGGUGACAUCGGAAAUCCCGUCCACUACACGAUUUCUGCGUCCUGAACGAAAACAAACGAAUAGGACAAAAUUCUUCAAUCCAUGCCCAUCCGGGCGUCCACUUAUGAACGAGUAUGAAACUCCGGUCACCUGCAACUAUCUGAACCAGCCGAAUGGUGGGUGUCCUGAGGAUUACUGGUGUCACACUGGAGCUUCAUUCUCCACGACCUCGUGCUGCCCUCGAACCGAUAAUGAAGAUCGAUGCGAGAUGCGUCGCGAUACCGGGGAGGGGAACGAACUUGUGGCCAGGUGGUACUAUGAUAAAAACGCCAAACAGUGCCGCCGGUUUCUCUACAAGGGCUUACGCGGUAAUAUGAACAAUUUCGUGACAAAGACCCAAUGUGUGGAUGCGUGCGAGACAAUUGUCAUCAUCGAUUCCAAAAAUCCGUGCCGUUUCGGACAUCCAGCCAGACAUCCAGGAAAUCAAUCGAGAAUAUUAUGUGGCCCGAAUGAUGGGUCCUCAUGUCCUGCAAAUUACUACUGUCACCUUGGAGAGAACCCAGAAAGUACCGUAUGCUGCGAAUCGAGUGGACUGACUGAUCCAUGCCUCCUAGCCUUAAACGUCGGUCAAGGGAAGGCCCUCUUGAAGAGGUUCUACUACAACACGUUCUCGAAACGUUGCGCUGAAUUUGUAUAUCGCGGAACCAAAGGAAACGAAAACAACUUCCUCACCAAUAAGCAAUGCCAGGAUACCUGCCAGAAAUGGAGUAAUCCGUGUCCAGAUGAUAUCAACUUCUCAUCAAAGAAGGAAUGCUCUUUGAAUGGGACCGAAUGCGGUGCUGAUGAAUGGUGCCAUGUCGGCUCAUCACAGACGACAACUGUCUGCUGUCCAGGAGGUGAAUGCAAAUCUCCAUGCGGUACCGGAAUUAUGUUGCUCACUCCAGCAAAGGAGCCCCGUGUGUGUAGCCCGACUUCACCCUGUCCCCAGUCACAUUGGUGUCAUGUUGGUCUCACACCAGAAACAACCGUUUGCUGUUCAACCGUGCCCAACACCUGCGAACUACCACUGAUGAAAGGUGACGGUAAUUCUCAUUUAACUCGGUGGCAUUUUGACAGCAACAAAAAGAAAUGCAUAAAGUUCAUCUACAGUGGUGAAGGAGGAAAUCAGAACAUGUUCCUCACCCAAGAUGACUGUCAAGCGAUAUGUCCAGUGUAUGAAAAUCCUUGCGGUAGCGGGAAACCUCUACUGGUUGGCAGUGUGCCGAAAAUAUGCAGUCCCGCUCAACGUUGUCCUUCCACACACUUCUGUCAUAUAGGUGUGGACGGCUCAGAUAACUACUGUUGCCAGAAAAACGGUGAUCCAUGUGCCCAAGAGCUGGCUGUCGGUGAAGGAGGAUUUUCUCUCACUAGGUUCUACUUCGACAAGGAAACUCGCCGAUGUCGAGAAUUUGCUUAUCAAGGCACAAAAGGAAAUGCGAACAACUUUCUUAGCCUCGAGGACUGUGAACUCGUGUGCCCUGUGCUACCUAAUCCAUGCCGUCUCGGUGAGCCGUUGAUGAAUGCCCUCAAGGAGCCGAUAAUCUGUGGUGGAGAAGACUCAUGCAUCAACGGAUAUUGGUGCCAUGUCGGUGGAAGUCCCGAAACCACAAACUGUUGUCCAGGAACUCGUCGACCAUGUGAUUUGCCAUUGGAGACAGGCCAAGGAUCUGAGACACUAGAGCGAUGGUUCUAUGACGGCGGUAUUCAGAUGUGCCGAACAUUCACUUAUAAGGGAAUGAAAGGUAACUCAAACAACUUCCUCACGAAACAAGCAUGCCGGCAAGCAUGCAAAGAGUUGAAUCCGUGCGGCUUCGGAGAGCCCUUGAUUGGCACCGAUGACGAGCGGGUGCUUUGUACGGGAAGACAAAAAGUUGACAGCUGUCCACGAGGACAUUAUUGUCAUGUCGGCGCCAGCGCCCUCACUACUGUUUGUUGUCCAAAGAAAAAUAUCGAUUCAUGCGAUCAACCAGUCGAUCAAGGAACAGGCGGUGAAGAUUUGCCACGAUGGUUCUUCGACAGAAAGCAGAACAGAUGUGCACCUUUCAAUUACGGUGGCAUCGGCGGUAAUGAGAACAAUUUCAUAAGUCAAAACACAUGCAGUGAAGCUUGUCCAGUAUACCGUAACUACUGCCCACAUGGAAUUCCCCUUGUCGAAGGCAAUCAGGUCACGCCAUGUGGAAUCGACCGAGGCUGUCCUGAUGGCUUCAUCUGUCACAUGAGCACCGAGUUCAAUGUUUCUGUUUGCUGUCAGGACCCAGUCGAUUUCUGUUCGGCACCUCGCGAUCCAGGACCAUGCACCAAUUUCGAGACGCGUUAUGGCUAUAACCCAUCCACGGAUACAUGCGUCGAAUAUCAAUAUGGAGGCUGUGAUGGCACACUCAACAACUUCCACUCACUUCAAAGAUGUACGGAAAUCUGUUGCAAGGAAUAUAGACGAAAGCUUUAG